AUGCUUCCCCUGCGCAGCAGCACGCGCAUCACGUUGCGGUUGGCUGCUCUCGUAGAAGCGUCUGCAGGAGGGAGUCUCUGCAUCAUAGUUUUCCCGCGUACCCCGCUUCUGCGUGCCUACCCAGCCAGCUUCAGCAGCCUGGGCCUGCCCCUCGACCUCACGCGCAGCGCCAAGGCGAACCAGGGAGCUCGCUUUGCUUCUGCUGUACAACGCACCUCCACAACGUGGGCUGCUUUGCUCCUUCCUCCUUCACCUGUAAAAAGCAAUGAGAACGGCUAUCGUCUGCACAACGCCUGCAGAGCAAAAGCAGCUGCAGCGUCUGCGGCGUCGUACGCAUCACCGUGA